CUAGUAUCCUGCCAGGAGCAGUUAUUUAAUGGUUAUUUGAUAAAUCACAAGAUCAUCAUUUAUUUGUUGACAACAUGGGGCUACUAUGGGCGGUGCUGUGAGCAAAAACAAGACACCCUUUUCGUCAGUGGAGAACAGCUGUUUUUCCAGUAAGCAAAGGUUUCUGUCUCUCCAUGAUGUACUUGUUCAAAACAGUCCAUUCGGGCAACAGAGUGACCAGUGCACAACGUCCCAAAUGUGUAAAUGUACAAAAAAACAAGAGAGAGAUCUUCUACCUACAUCCACUUCAAUGUUCCUCCCAGAAUUUCCACAUCAUGAGGGGAGACCUGCACAUUUACAGGUCACUGGGGUAAUAGCCAAAGGAUCAUUCGGCCCUAUUCUGAAAGUAAAGGACUGGGCAAAAGGGAAGACCUCUGCUAUAAAGGUUUUACCCAAAUCUGAGGUUCUGAAACAUGGAGUCCUGAAACAGGUGAAAGAGGAGGUUAUAAUUCAGCGGCAGCUCAAACACGCUUUUGUCCUCGGUCUAGAGGACUGUUGGCAGAGUCAGAACAACCUCUUCAUCAUGUGUGAUUACCGCAGCACGGGAGAUCUGUACACCUACUGGAUGCUAACUGGCCAGUUUAAAGAGAAGGAGGUUCAGGUGUUUGCUGUUGAACUCGGCAGUGCUUUAGGGUUUCUUCAUGACUUUGGGAUAAUGCACAGAGAUUUGAAGAUGGAGAACAUUCUUUUAACUGAACACGGUCACGUCUGCCUGGCAGAUUUCGGACUUUCUCGUCGACUUGAUCGGGGCGCAAAGGCAUUUACAAUCUGUGGGACAAUCCAAUACAUGGCUCCUGAGGUUCUGACUGGGGGUCCUUACAGCCAUGCAGCAGACUGGUGGUCUCUGGGCAUCCUGUUAUACACUCUGGCUGCUGGGGAGUUCCCACUUCUUCCAGAGCCAGACCACAGCAGUAUGCUGACUAAAGUCACUGAGCAUCCUUAUGAAAUUCCUCUGAGAUUCAGUCCUGCACUGGCCCUGUUGCUCACAGAGCUCCUGUGUAAGACUCCUGUGCGUCGCUUGCGCUGUCUGGAACGCUAUAGGAGUCAGAGGUUUUUCAAUGGCGUCUCCUUUGACUCUCAGGUCUUGAUGAAGUAUCCCAUUCAGACAAUUCUUGAGCUGAAGGAUCACCCUAACCGGCCAGAGAAAUCAAUGAGGGGAUUAACAUUCGACCAGCUUCUGAACUUUGAAUGUGAUUUAUUUGACCGGUUCUAA